GCGCGGCGUAGGGGGGUGGCUCUCGCGAGAGCGCGCGGCGGCGGCGGGAGGCGGAAGCGGGGCCCGGUCGGUGCGGCGCGGCGCCGCCGAGGAUGCUGCGGCUGCGCUGCAAGGCCCGGAGCGGCACCCACCCGCUGGGCGGCUUCACGGCGCACUCCCGCCUCCGCGACAUGCAGGCCGCCCUGGCCGCCCUCACCGGCGUGCCCGCCGCCGCCCAGCGCCUCCUCCUCGGCUUCCCGCCGCGCAGCCUCGACCUCAGCGACGGCGAGCGGCGCCUCGGCGACCUGGGCAUCCACUCGGGCGACACCCUCAUCGUGGAAGAGGAUACCUCCAAACCCAAGACCGACUCACCCGUGUUCGCGAAGAGAACCAUGUCCAGCUCGGCGAGGGAAGCGGUGCCCGUGCUUGCGAGGCGGGUCGUGCCCGCGGAUAACUCCUGUCUCUUCACCAGCGUCUACUACGUGGUGGAGGGAGGCGUUUAUGAUCCGGGUUGCGCUCCAGAGAUGCGCAGCCUUAUAGCCCAGAUUGUAGCAAGCGAUCCCGAGUCCUACUGUGAGGCAGUGCUAGGAAAGACCAACAAAGAGUAUUGUGAAUGGAUCAGAAGAGAAGAAACUUGGGGAGGAGCCAUUGAAGUAUCCAUUUUAUCCAAAUUUUAUCAGUGUGAAAUCUGUGUGGUGGACACACAGACGGUCAGAAUCGACCGUUUUGGGGAAGACGCUGGUUACACUAAGCGGGUCCUUUUGAUUUACGAUGGGAUUCAUUAUGAUCCACUUGAGCGUAAAAUCCCCGACUCGGACAUUCCUCCCCAGACCAUUUUCUCUACAACGGAUGAUAUUGUUCUUGCACAAGCAUUGGAGCUAGCAGACGAAGCCAGACGGAAGAGGCAGUUUACCGACGUGAAUCGCUUUACACUGAGGUGCAUGGUGUGCCAGAAGGGACUAACCGGACAAGUGGAAGCCAGAGAACAUGCCAAGGAGACUGGACACACCAACUUCGGAGAAGUGUGACACCUACAUGAGGAUGGUUACAUCUACUACCUCACUGGUCCAGAAUAAAAUUCUGGAUUUUCGCAUAAGCUGUAUGUAAUCAUAAAAUUCCGUUCACAAAGCUUGAAAAGCAUAUUAACUUAAUGAUGGCCAAGACACGCGGGUUUGUUAUGGUUAGUGUGCGGGUUUACAGAUAUGUAUGCGGUAGUGACUUUUCUAGCUGAUUUGAAAUAGGCCUCUUCUCACAUGCUGGUUUAUAGUAAUUUGGCAGGUGGUAUACACUGGCAGCUAAAGCCUGACUUCUGAGUUAAUCUCUGUGUACGUGAUCUGAGUGGACAUACAAACAGGCUUGUUCAACACUAAAGUAAAAUCUAGCCUCUAAAUGACUGAAUUAGUCUCUCAGUAUUAUAUUUUCAGGGCAGUUAAACUGGUCUAAAGGCUUGGGAAACAUACAUAUCAGCAUUACUUAUACUAAGAAUUGGACUCUGCACAUACAAGCAGUUGUUACAAGGCAGACUGCUCACUUGGUGCACAGUUUUUAAAGUAAAGAGUACAUCCAAAGCUGCCCUAUACUGUGUUACCAUCAAAAGUAGAAUGUAUUGUUUGUGUGAAGUCAUGGCUUUAGAGAAAAAACUGGCCUCUAAGCUUUAAGAUAGCCUUUUUAAAAUUAAUGAGUAGAUCGUUAAGUAAUGAAUAAACCUAUUAAUGCUCCAUAGGUAGUUUUUAGUUGCUUGAAAAAUAACUAUCAACCCCUUGGUGUUUACACUGCAUCAAAAUGUAGGCAUGUUUCUUGAAAUACUUGGAUUCUUGUUCCUAGUAUUAUUAUCUCAGAUUCUGGCAAGAGGGAAUAUGGUAAUUAGGAAAAUAAUUUGCAUCUGUUCAACACAUUUAAAUAGACUUUACUUGGGUAUAGCUGAUCUCAUGGCCACAGUGUUAAUAAGCUGUACCAGAUUCCAAAUACUGUAAAUUAGCACUUUAAGGUAUAGUUCUCAUUCUUUACAGGUAAGAAGUUUUGUCCUUUUUAGAAGGGUGGAGUGCUCUGCCAAAAGGGAGGCUUGAAGUUUCCUAGCCUGCAUUCUGCCUUAAUGAGUUUGAUUUGUCACCCAUGACUCUUAAGUAGCAAGACUUUAAUUCUGAUAAUGAAGGGAGCAGUUUAAUUUCAUAAUAAAUUAAGCUAGGUAAACUGCCCUGCUUUUCAUAUUACUCAGAAUCAGGGAUGUUGAAAUUGGUUUAACAAAUCUUACCUCACAGUAGGGAUGUGAGGCUGAGUAAGUGCAUGGAGAUCUUUUAAAAGGUGCUGUAGAGGUGCAUAUUGCUGAGUGGGAUUUUCUUUUUCUUUGCAAUGCCUGCAACACAUACUUGCAUUAAUGGAUUUUAAAAUAUUCUUAACCUGCUCUUCUGUUACCGAGUUACCUUCUUUGCACUUUUACAAAUGGGGAGCAAGAAUGUGCAUCCUCAAACAAAAAUAAGCCCACUUUCUAAAUGGAAUCUGAGAUUUAGUUUUAAAGGCCUCUGUUUAUUAAGGCAGGUAUCUAAACUCCUGGUAUAGCAAAAGCUUCCUUUCUAUAAAGGAGAUUUCACUGAAGUUCUCAGUUAACUCCCAGGUGGACCUUGAAAUACUGAGGGAGUAUUAUUGAAUUUGGAAUGUAGUUACAUGUAAGUGCUUUGCUAAAUUGAGGCAUGAAUAAUUAAGUACAAAGAGUAGAAUCACCAAAAGCAGUACAGACCCAGAUUCUUUUUAAUUCAGUAUUAAAGUAAAUAUUAGCAUUGUUGGAAGUUUCAUAUAGAAAGCCACUUAGCUUCCAGUGUUGAACCUCACUUUGCUUUUAGCCUAUCAUUAGAAUAAAUUAUUAAAAACAACCCUUGAGAAGCUGAUGCUUAUAGUUUAAGGAAAUACCUGACAUUUCAAAGGAACUUGAAGAUUACUCUGUUCUAACUACUUGAGAUGAAAUACUGUCUAGGAAUGAGACCAAGAGACUAUCAAUCCUAAAUUGUAUUCUCAGCUUUCGCACUGAAUAGGUGAGAUGUCUUGGACAAGGAGCUACUCCUCACCAUUUACCAUCUAUAAAAUGGACAUAGUAUCUACCUCAGAGAUGUGUACAAGGUGACUGUCUUUGGGUGUCCUUGAAAGACAAGUGCUGUAGAAGUGAAAGAUAUGUAUUUAUUGUCUGCCAUGUUUGUAAAUGUAUUGACUUUUGGGAGCAACUCUUACAGUUUCUGUUGUCUGGCCUCAAUUUGUCAAAAGACUUGACAAACUUCUUCACAGGCUUGCUGAGUUAAGUUUUUAGCUUUGUAUCCUGAGUGGAUUUUUAAAAGUGUGUAAAAAUGUUUUUAUUUCUCAGUUGCAGUAUUUUUGAAGUUACCUUUAUUUAAUCCAAAUUAUUUAGCUUUGCUAUAUCACAUUUGCAUAGCCAUUCCACUAAAAGUUUCCCUCAAAUUGAACUGAUACAUGUCAACAUCACUGCCUGGAUGUUUAGUUGCAUAAAAUAAAAUCUGUUCUGUUAAAAAAUAGAAACUGAACUGCUGUAAUUCAUCUUUGUAAGAGUUCAUAAUGUUGGUCUGACAAAGUCUUUCAAAGAAUAAGUAACCUGUGGUAUUGAUGAGUUGAAAAACAUUAUGCAGUUCUCCUAAGCUCUCCCAAGCAGAAAAUGUCUACAUUAUUUAAAAUGUAAGCUAUGGAAUACAUUCAAAGUACAAUUUCCUUUAAGUGUUGUAAGUGUUAGGGUUUUUUCUAAUAUCCAUUACCAGCAUUCACCUGCCCUUAUGCUACAGUUAUGGAACUACCACAAAAAUGGCAUCCUGAUGUUAGUAGGAUGAAUUUCUGAAUAUCACUAAUUACUUGCACUGAAUGUUAUUAAUUGUACAGGAAGAUGUUAGCUACAGAUAUUUUAGAAUGGAUCUACUGUGGGACUUAGGCUCAAGUGCUGGCAGGGAGUAGUGUCACCUGUCCAUACCAAUCCAAAAAGCCUGCAAGAUGUAGGCUUAUGUCCUUACCAUAUAGCUUUUCCCCACACAAAUUUAAAGUAAUCACUGGUUUUCCUUGCUGAAUACUUCAGCACAGAGGCCAGUGAUCAAACAGGCCCUGGCAACUGAAGUUUUUAACCUCAUAGGUGGGCCUAUUAGAAGUUGGGUUGUAUUAGUACUGCUUUAGAGGUCUGUUCAGUUCUGGAUCUUUGAUUAAAGAGAAUUUCAGUUUCCUGGUGCCAGUCUGGCUCUUUCACCAGCGCUAAAUUCCUUCUGUAAUUAAAGAAGAGCCUAACAUACUGUAAUCAUGUGGCCUUUCACAAACAUUUUAUAUUAUGUGAAGAGAUACACAUCUCGUGGUUUUAACAGCACUUUAAAAGCUUGUCCAAGUUUACAUGUUUAACAGAAGUUGAGCAAGGACUUUCACUGAUGUAGGUAGAGCGUGUUCCUGUUGCAGUAAAACCAGUGGCUUUAACAAACAGUUUCUAAAAUCUUAGCUACCAGUGUAUUCCAGUGGUGUAACAUUCUGUUGUUAUGUAUCAUCACAGUACACCUGGUUUGGAUGAGUCUUUUUCCUUAAACACAUGCCCCAAGUUGCAGAAGUUGUUGAUGCACCAAUAAACAUGACUGAUGCAUG